AUGUGUGUUUGCGGCGGCUUUUGUGUCUUUGCCUUUGUGGGUGCAACUGCUUUGGGCAUUGGCGCACCAGUCGCGGUGCAAGGCAUUGCGGAGCAGCAGAAGCUUGAAGCAAGUAUGAAAGCAGAUACAAAGUUGCAAGCAGACACGAAUCCUUCGGAGGAAAUUUCCGAAUCCGAACCAUCCAAAGGUCCUCUCGAGCGGAUGGUAGAGCUCUAA